AUGGCGCAAAGCAGCAACACUGGUCAGGGCACCGUGAUGGCCUUUCUGAGAUAUCUGUAUCUCGUGUCCAUCGCGCGCCUUCUACGCCUUCUCGCACGCCUUGUAGCCGGCCUUCCGAAACCCUCUCCCGACGAUGUCGUAAUCUUCCCAAGUCGGGACAGAGGCCGAAACAUCAAGGCGCACAUCUACAAACCUGCCGUCACAUCAAAAAGGCCCGGUCCUGUUCUCCUAAACCUGCACGGCAGCGGCUUCAUCUUGCCGGCUCAUGGCAGCGACGACGAGUUCUGUCGUCGUGUCGCACGCGAGACGAAUUACACUGUGGUCGACCUCCAAUAUCGGCUGGCACCUGAGAAUCCAUUCCCCGCCGCCUUGCACGACGUCGAGGAUGCCGUGCAAUGGAUCCUCAAGCACGGUGAUGACUACGACGCCCGUCAAUUUGCCAUUUCGGGCUUCAGCGCUGGCGGCAACCUGGCACUGGCUGCGUCCGGGGUCGUCUUCGCGAAAGACACAUUCCGCUCUGUUCUCACCUUCUAUCCGUCCACGAAUAAGGCCCAAGAUCCGGCCGAACGCAAGACGCCCGACACCACUGGAAAAGUGAUCCCGCCCGCAAUAUCGCGCCUGUUCGAUGCGUGCUAUCUGCCACCAGGGACUGACCGCAAACAACCGCUAGCAUCGCCCGGGUUCGCGCCAAUGGACAAGUUCCCGCAGAAUGUACUUGUAGUCACAGCAGCGCAGGACAACCUGUGCUUCGAGGCGGAAACACUAGCGGCAAAGGUCGACGCUGCUGGCGGCAGGAACGUAGUCGUUCGGAGAAUGGAGCAGUGUGGGCACGGGUGGGACAAGACUGCGAAACAGGGUACUGUUCAGGGGCAAGCGAAGGACAACGCUUAUACGCUUGCCAUUGAGAUACUGCAGAGAUGA